AAACAGGGUAGCCGCCAUAGCAGCCAAUCUAUCCUUUUCCUUUCCUUCCUUAGUGCCAUCACCUAGUUGGUGUGGAGCCCUGUGGACACCAUGUCACAUACAAGCAUGGAUCCAACCAAGAUGGGCAUCGGCCGGUCUAUAGCUGUGCUGACGUCUGGUGGUGAUGCCCAAGGUAUGAACGCGGCCGUGAGGGCCACAGUCAGAGUUGGUAUCUACACCGGAGCCAAGGUCUACUUUGUUCAUGAGGGUUACCAGGGUCUGGUGGAUGGAGGAGACAACAUCAAACUGGCCACCUGGGAGAGUGUGUCCAUGAUGCUGCAACUGGGUGGCACAGUCAUCGGCAGUGCCCGCUGCAUGGACUUCAGAGCCAGGGAGGGCCGCAUGAAGGCUGCCCUGAAUCUGGUCAAGCUGGGCAUCACCAACCUGUGUGUGAUUGGGGGUGACGGUAGCUUGACUGGAGCUAACCAGUUCAGGAAGGAGUGGGCAACUCUGCUGGUCGACCUGGUCAAAGCCGGUAAAAUUACAGAUGACGAGGCCCGGAAAUCGUGCCACCUGAACAUCGUAGGCAUGGUGGGUUCUAUCGACAAUGACUUCUGUGGGACAGACAUGACCAUCGGGACUGACUCUGCUCUGCACCGCAUCAUAGAGGUGGUGGAUGCCAUCACCACUACCGCACAGAGUCACCAGAGGACCUUCAUCCUGGAGGUGAUGGGUAGACACUGUGGCUACCUGGCCCUGGUGACUGCUCUGGCCUGCGGUGCUGACUGGGUGUUCAUCCCAGAGAUGCCCCCAGAUGAGGGAUGGGAGGGGCAUCUGUGCAGAAGACUGGCUGAUCAACGAGCCAGAGGAUCUCGUCUGAAUGUGAUUAUUGUGGCUGAGGGAGCUAUGGACAGAGCUGGAAACCCCAUUAGCUCUGAAGACAUCAAGAAGCUGGUGGAGAAGAAUUUGGGCUUUGACACCCGUACCACUGUCCUGGGACACGUGCAGAGAGGCGGCACUCCCUCAGCCUUCGACAGAAUCCUGGGCAGCAGGAUGGGUGUGGAGGCUGUGAUGGCCCUGUUGGAGGCCACUCCAGAGACCCCGGCCUGUGUGGUCAGUCUGUCCGGUAACCAGGCCGUCAGGCUGCCCCUCAUGGAGUGUGUCCAAGUGACUAAGGAUGUGACUACUGCCAUGGCUGAGAAGAGAUGGGAGGAUGCUAUCAAGCUCAGAGGAAAGAGCUUUGAAAACAACUGGAACACAUACAAGAUGCUGGCCCACAUCAACCCUCCAGAUACCAAGAGCAACAUUAACGUGGCUAUAGUAAACAUUGGUGCUCCAUGUGCUGGUAUGAAUGCUGCUGUGCGUUCUGCAGUGAGGAUCGGCAUCAUUCAGGGACACAACAUGUUGGCCGUUCAUGACGGGUUCGAGGGUCUCGCUCAAGGAAAGAUUGAGCCUAUCACCUGGACUGGAGUGUCAGGCUGGACUGGAAAGGGGGGAUCUGAGUUGGGCACCAAGAGAGUCCUUCCUUCUGAGUACAUUGAGGAAAUCAGCUUGACUAUUGCUAAGUUCAAUAUCCACUCUCUGGUGAUUAUUGGAGGGUUCGAGGCGUAUAUGGGUGGUCUGGAGCUGGUGCAGGGCAGAGAUAAGUAUGAAGAGCUGUGCAUUCCGAUGGUGGUCAUCCCCGCCACUGUCUCCAACAACGUCCCCGGCUCAGACUUCAGUAUCGGAGCUGACACAGCCCUCAACACCAUCACCUCGACCUGUGACAGGAUCAAGCAGUCAGCAGCAGGCACCAAGCGUCGCGUGUUCAUCAUUGAGACCGCAGGAGGGUACUGUGGUUACCUGGCUACCAUGGCAGGUCUGGCUGCUGGGGCUGAUGCUGCAUACAUCUAUGAGGACAAAUUUGGUAUUAGAGACCUGGAGAUGAACGUAGAGCAUCUUGUGCAGAAGAUGAAGACAGACGUGAAGAGAGGUUUGAUUCUCAGGAAUGAGAACUGCAAUGCCAACUACACCACAGACUUCAUCUUUGCCCUCUACUCUGAGGAGGGCAAGGGCAUCUUUGACUGCCGCAAGAACGUUCUGGGACACAUGCAACAGGGCGGCACCCCAACACCUUUCGACAGGAACUUUGGCACCAAGAUGGGUUCCAAGGCUGUUUUGUGGAUAACAGAGAAACUCAAGGAGGUCUAUAGACACGGUCGUAUCUUCGCUAACACCCCAGACUCUGCCUGUGUGCUGGGCAUGAAGAAGAGAGCACUGACGUUCCAGCCUCUUGCUGAGCUGAAGGAACAGACAGACUUUGUGCACCGCAUCCCCAAAACAUCGUGGUGGCUGAAACUGAGGCCAAUCAUGAAGAUCCUUGCUAAAUACAACAUCAGCCUGGACACAUCUGAGCAUGCCCACAUGGAGCAUGUUAUCAAGAAGAGGGUGUCGAUGCCAGCGCCACUGAUGAAGAAGGCAUGUCCUCCCACAAAACAUGAGGAGGAAGAGUAAUUGUUCUGUGUUACAUGUAUGUCAGUGGAGGGCUGGUGGGAGGAACUAUAGGAGGAUGGGCUUAUUGUAAUGGCUGGAAUGGAAUAAAUGGAACAAUAUCAAACACAAAUAUAUGGAAACCACAUGUUUGACUCCAUUCCCUUUUUUCAAUUCCAGCCACUACAAUGAGGAAUCCUCCUAUAGCUCCUCCCACCAGCUGCCUCUGAUGUAUGUCUAGUUCUCCAACAGGCCAAUUGGAGCAGACCACCAAAUAGUUAUGAAAAAUACAUGCACUUCCCAAAUUGUUUAAAGUCAGUCUUGUGGGUUCAUUUCAUCACUGUUUUGUUUGUGACUGCCCUAUUGCGCUCUUUUUGCGACAAGUGUGGGGGGACUCCUCUUGCUAAAUCAAUGUCAGUUUGGAUAUCCAAAUAUUUUGGAUAUUUGGUAACAAUUAGACUGGGAAAAUGUUAGUUAAAUUGAGGUGAGUGCUCGUGAUAAUCUUUAUUCUAGUUUGCUCAUAUUCGCUCAUUAGAACAUUUUGCAAGCAUGUUAUGUCGCCUAACAAGUGUAUUUUGCUCUUCACUCGGUAGUAGCCUGUGAUACACCCGACCUAAUGCCUGUGACUUGACUGAUAAAUCAAUAUGGUUUUGUUUCACUGAA